UCAAAAAUUGUUUCCAUUGAUCGGCUGUCGUCGUUCUCGUGGGGUCGCGCGUUCUGGCGAGGUCGGUUUCGUAACAAAAAAGACCUCUUGCGUGUAACAACAUCAUCAGUAGAAACUGCUGCAAAUUUUGGCCUUUGUCUCCGUCGUCGUCUGGAAUUAACGGUACCGUGUGUAAAGUAGUGCCCUUUAACAAGGUCUACGCUCGUCGUCGCUGCCGUUCGGGAUUAGACAUUUUAAAAGGCCAUUAGCUGUUGUUUGUGUGAAGAAGAGUGAUUACUUACGUUAGGUAAUUGAGAAAAGUGCUGGAUUGUUAAGAAGAAAACAGUAAAAGUUAAACAAUGACGUAUCGAGAGUAUUGAUCCGUUUGUUGUUGUGCUGGGUACACGUGCCGUAUUUUCUUGUUUCUUGCUAUCAAGCAGGAUCAAAGGUGUAAAAAAAUCACGAUCUAAUGUUUUUACAUGUGGUGCAAAGGGCUGUAAUACUAACUCGUUGUCGCGUUACAAUUACAUUAAUAGAGCAAUGAAGUGAUGCCGUGGUGCCUGGAAGAACGGAGUACAAAGAGAACAUUGUGAAAACCCCCAAGAGGAGACCACAGACGGACACACACUGGCCCAUCAACAACAUCAGCAUCACCAGUAGUAGCCGACUCCGCAUCCAGCUGCUGCAUCUUAUAGCGCAGCAUUCGCGUGCGGAGCUUCGGUGCGAGGAAACGCGACACGACGACACCACCAAGCAUACUCAACGGCGCCACCCCGUGGGAAAACAUUUAGUGUGCGAAUAGUUUUUCCUAAUUAAAUUUGACGUCAACAUAUACCUACAUAGUCGGAAAACAUGAACUCGAAGCCCCCGUCGAUGAAUGGAGCGGCAGUGGGCGGCCAACCCCUCAUCCCGUACAACAUCGAUUGGAUUUUCCCCAAGCUGCGGCGGCCGUCCCGUCUGUGGCACAUUGCUAGCACCGGAGUUAUUGGAUUGGUGGGAUUUUUCUCCAAGAUUGUGAUCGUAUGGCUCAACAAGACGCGUGUCCACAACAUUCAAAUACUGGAAAACGUCCUGGAGAAUCGCUCGAAGGAUACGCCCCUGCUGACAGUUUCCAAUCAUCACUCGUGCUUCGACGAUCCUGGCAUGUGGGGACUGCUGAAGCUUCGACUGCUUAAGUUGCGCAACGUGUGCAAUCAUAACGUGAUCCGGUGGUCGAUGGCCGCUCAUGAUAUUUGCUUCACCAACAAAUAUCAUUCGUUGUUCUUCAUGUAUGGUAAGUGUAUUCCGGUCGUGCGCGGAGCCGGCGUCUAUCAGCCAGCAAUCGAUCUGUGUAUAGAGAAGCUCAAGCUGGGCCACUGGGUGCACGUGUUUCCCGAGGGAAAGGUCAACAUGACCAAAGAGGAUCUCAGGUUCAAGUGGGGCGUGGGUAGGAUAAUCUAUGAAACGCCUGUAUUGCCGGUCAUCAUUCCUAUUUGGCACAUUGGAAUGGAAACGGUACUUCCGAAUGAGCCACCAUAUUACCUGCGCUUGGGCAAAAAACUGACGUACAAUUUCGGCAAGCCGAUUGAUUUGAACGAUGUGAUGGAACGGCUAAAGAUGAAUCCUGUGUCGGAGGAGGAAGCGCGAAAAAUUAUCACCGAUAAGAUACAAGAAGAGAUGAUGGUCCUGAAGGAAGAAACCGAGCGAUUACAUUUCGACUACAUUAAGAGUAGCUGAGACGUGGAGCAUGGCUCAAACAGGGCCGAUGACUGAUGAAAAGAACCAUUAGAAGACAUCGAAGCGAUGAAUUUGCUUGUGUACAAUUCAAAUCGUAUCGGAUACUCGGAUAAGAAGGAGCCAUAGCAUUACAAAGUUAUUUUACUACUUAUAACAAGUCAUUAUUCCAUCCAAAACUGGAAAUUUGUGAUUCCAAUACGAUAUUAUUGUUUCCAAUUUCAUCAGUUUUUCCUCACAUCCGUGUACCAGAGCACCUGCGCACGUCGUUGACGGAAGUCUCACUCGCAACCUGAGUCAACUUUUUUUUUGCCAUACCUCAAAUAAUUGUAAUCGAAUAGCCUUCCUAACUCACCUCAGAAUAAGCAUCCACAAACCUGCAUUUGCUCCAUUAUUGCGUAGUAAAUUAGUUGUAGUCGUUAGAGAGCAGACUUUGCGUAGCAUAGAUGCAAGUUAUCUGAUAUUUCGACAACGCCGAUUUUUAUUCUAGUCAAUCUUGGAAUGUUUGGCGCGCUUUCGACAUAACGAUAGAAUCAGACCUGCAUUAGAAAGUAAACGAAUAGAAUAAUGAAUUGUUGGAAAGGUUUACUAAUAUGUACUUGUUAGGAGGAAUGAAACAAUGAAGUAUGAAAAAAAGCUUAAAGUUUCCUUUUAAUCCUUGGGUACCCUGGUUCAUUAGAGGGUUAUAUGUUUAAACAAUGAAUUUAUAGCUAUUUUAAUUAUUGUAAAGUUAUUACAAUUAUUACUUAUAUUUAAUAAAAUACAAGUGAAAGAAAAUUUAAAACAAAAA